AUGUUUAACCACCUACCCUUGGAAAUUAGACAAACAAAUUCUUUAAAGAAGUUGCGCAGACUUACCAAGGAAACUGUUGCUUUCAAAAGCCUAUUAUCAGGUGUCUAUCAAGUUGGACUGGCUGCAUCCUACAUGCAGGACAAGUUUCAGAGAGACGAUGGUGAAACUAUUCAUGUAGAUGAGCAUUUUAAUGAACAUGGGUUUAUUAGAAUGCGCAUUUUUUUACGAUAUACCAGGCUCUCCAAACACCAGCUUUGGAUUGCUUUUAACCCUAAUAUCCAUAUUGAAGAGGAGGAUGAGCCAAUAUUGGGUUAUUACUGCACGUGCAAAACGGGGGCAAGAACUUUGGGCACUUGUGCACAUGUGGCAAGUGUGCUAUGGUUUUUGGGCUUUGCACGCCAUGAACCAAAUGUCAAAUACCCAUGGACGACAUUAUUGGAUGUAGUUAUGGAUGCCUCCAACAGACCUGCACAAAUUAAUAUGAAUCAAGCACCACCUCUUCACAUUAUUGAUAUUUAA